AGAUACUUGUUGUGGGUACUUGUUUGGCCUAGGUGCUGGGCGCAGAGCACUUGCCGCCGCGUAAUAGAGGCGCGAGAAGCCAGUUGGGCCUGUUUUGCUGAUCCAGCUGCUUUUUCAAGUCGACAGAACCAAUUCAGUGUCUGAAUUAGACAGUUUAGGCACCAAAAGGCCCCACCGGCGCCGAGCCACGAUGUCUAUUGCGGAUGUGCUCGAGGGCAACGACUACUCCUUCCCUAAGGAGGAGAAGAAGAUUUUGGAGCUCUGGGAUCGCCUGGAUGCGUUCAACGAGCAGCUGAAGCGCACUGAGGGCAAGCCGGAAUACAUUUUCUAUGAUGGCCCCCCGUUCGCGACUGGCCUGCCCCACUACGGCCACAUCCUGGCUGGCACCUUGAAGGACAUCGUGACGCGCUACGCCUCCGCCACCGGGCACCACGUGACACGCCGCUUCGGCUGGGACUGCCACGGCCUGCCAGUGGAGUACGAGAUUGACAAGAAGCUCAGCUGUGUCCGGGCGAGGCUGUGUCCGGGCGUAACGCUGACUAACGUUGACUACCUGACCAGUGUGGGCCUGAAGCAGGAUGAGAUUUGCAAUAUGGCGUCCAUCAGCGUGGUGCUGCUGGGCCUGAACCCGGAGACCCGCCUGAAGUCGGUGGUGGACUACCUGAAGCGGAGAGGCGUGCCGGACUCGGGCAUUCCCGACCUGGUGCUCAAGCACCCGCGCAUCUUCGAGUACAAGCUGUCCGCGGACGGCUCGGAGCUGGUGAAGGGCCGCGCCCGCAUCCAGGUGGACGUGGUGCCCGUGGGCGCCAACGGCGAGCAGGCGUGCGCCGUCAACUACUUCCGCGAGGGCGCGUCCUUCAUGGAGGCGCCCGUGUCGCCCGUGGGCCCUGUGCGCGCGCCCUAAGCGGCUGGCGGCGGCGUCGAUGUCAGCAACAGCAGCAGCGGCAGUCGGUGUGGCGGGUGCGGUGGCUGUGGUGGAGGAGCUUUGGUGCGGCGGCAGGUGGUGUGUGAGAGGCGGAGCGGCUGGCGAGCUAGCGGCGAAGCGGGCACAGCGCUGGCGGGCGAGCGGCUGAGUUUGGGACUACGCAGGGUGCGCCCUUGGCCUAGGCCUGCCACGGCAGCGGGCUGACCAUAGUGUAUGGCUGCGCCCGGUGGGGAUGCGCGUCAGAUUGUACAGGCGCGGAGCAGCCGGCUUUACCGUCCUGUAUUGUAAAGCUAUGGUUGCGUGCAACGAGCUGUUGGCGGGGCCACGCCGUGCGUCUCAAGGCUGGGGAUGCGGAGACGCGGACAGUGCGAUUGGGUCUCAAGUCAGGCUGCUAACGGUUUCAAGCGGAUUUCGAACGCGUUUGUGUGGCGUGUCGUGUCACCUACGGCGUGUGUAUGGGGUUGUCCGUGCUUUCAUCUUGGAAAGCUAUUCAGGUUGCAGUUCUAGGCGGAUGUCACAAGGCGGUGUGGAACUGCCGCGCAAGGACCAGGGUAGUGGACGAGGAGCGUUUUGGGCGGACACGGGUAGGCUGCUAGGGCAUAGCGGACUGGGUGUGGUGUAAUCCUCUUCCACGGUGCAUGCCAUUCAAGUGCCACGAAGACGCGGUGAGGAGGCUCUGAAGGCAGUCACUUGUAACAAAAUUGCGAG